CUAGAUCGUUUACAGCAUGAAGAGUGAAGCACUCGUAAUUAUCGUUGGACUUGAUAACAUUUGAACCUACCCAUCGCAUAAACUGAGUGAAAAACUCAUGAAAAAUAUAGAUAGGGGCGAGUGGCAAACAGUUUCGUUUGUGUAGUCAAACGCUAAAGAGGCGAGCUGAUAAGAUAAGCAAAAACCAUUUAAAGUCUACGGUCUACAAAUAUUGAAACUUUUGCUAAAAAUUUCAAGCGGAAUGUUGCGCUUUGGAAACUCUUGCAGAAGUUGGACUGGUGUUACUUUUGUAGUUGCCAUCACAUUUGUGCAGCAAUUGCAAUUGUUGUUGGCAUAUCACAUCUCUUCUACGCGAGUGGAUUUACAUGAGCACAAGAUUUCAUCAAAUAAUGACACGGCAUAUGUGCGGGAAAUAAUGCGUUUGGCUAAAGCGGCAGAAAUGGGAAACUACAUGAAACCGGAAGUUGAUGCUUGUGAUGACUUCUUUGCAUAUGCUUGUGGCAACUGGGCUAAGAUAAAUCCAGCUGGUUUUGUCAUACCUCGUCAAACGAAUUUCUUUCAGUUGCUUACCAAAUCCUAUAAUCAGAAACAGUUGAAAAUAUUACAGGAAGCCGAGCAGAAGAGUGACAGUGAGCCGAUUAAGAUAGUAAAGCGAUUCUUUAACGCUUGCAUGAACUUACCAAAUCCAAAGGAGAAACGUCAGUAUGAAUUUAAGCUUAGGCAGAUAUUACAGGAUUUUGGUGAAAUGCCAGCACUUUGGCCGGAUGGUGCUUGGGCAGCAAGUGACUUUAAUUGGCAACGCACAAUAGCACAAAUACAAAAAAAAUAUGGACUUGACAUAUUGCUAAGCAUUUAUAUACGCCCAGAUUUUACUAAUAAAACCAUAAACAAAUUAUUCCUAAGGCAGCCAGCAUUUCGUUUGCAAACAGAAAGUAUGUACACAUCAGAAACCACCAAGUUUCAUCGGGAAAAUUAUAAGCAAGAAAUAAAAAAUAAUUUAAUUAUACAAUUAAAAGUAGAAGAGGAGAAAGCAGAGCGUGUCGCAGCGGAAAUUUUAGAAAUUGAAACAGCUUUGGCUGCUGGUAUUUUAGAUAGAAAGCUGGGCAAGACGUUUAAGUCAAUGACGACAUUGCGCACUCUGUCUGAGCUCAAUGAGGCAUACAACAACACUUUUGAUUUCAAGCAAUUUAUUGAAACAUCUUUGAAUCAAACAUUCAAUGACACACUGUACGAAUACAUGCCAGCAUAUCAAGAGAAUCUCUUCGAGGUUGUGCGGAGCACCACACCGGAGCGAUUAGCUAAUUACAUCAUGUAUCAGUUAAUACACAAUUUCCUAAUGAAAACAAAUGAAAAGGUUGCGGUGAGGGAAGGCAAGUGCUUUGAAAAAACUAAAUUUUUUUUCACCAAAAUUUUGGAUAAUACCAUCUUUCACAAAUACAAUAGCAAAAACACAAUCAAUGAUAUUAACCUGAUUUGGUCACAAAUAAAAACAAUAUUCAAAGCUGAACUUGAAUCGGAAAAGCUCGGUUGGAUUUCAUUGAUGACACGCAAACUGGCGUUGGAAAAACUAGACGCAAUGAAAUUGGAAAUUAAUUCGUAUGAAAACAUUAACUUGACGGAAGAAUACGCAACACUGAAUAUCGAUAGUAAUGAUUAUGUAGAAAAUGUUGAGCAACUGUUAAUAUUUCAUUCAAAACGCGUUGUGAAAAGUUUGCAUGAAAUUGGUAAACCAUUUGAAUCGCCCCAAAUACUCUCAUUCUCGUCGGCCUACAUUGCCACGCAUAAUAUUAUUAAAAUACCAGUUUCACUAUUGCAACCCAAUUAUCUCUGGUCUGAUCAUUAUCCGCAAGCGUUAAAAUUCGGCACGCUUGGAUACUUAGUGGCACACGAACUGAUUCACGGUUUCGAUGAUAUGGGACGAAAUUUUGAUGUGAACGGCAAUGAAAUAGGCUGGUGGGAUGCCAACUCAACCGAAGCAUUCAAUGAACGCAAGGCAUGCUUCAAGGAUCAAUAUGCACGUUAUCGUUAUGGUGGGAAAUAUUUGCCUGAGAAUGAAUUACAAGCAGAAAACAUAGCUGACAAUGGAGCUGUGAAAAUAGCCUUUAGUGCCUACACGAAUUGGUUGACAAGCGCAUUUGACAAUGUGCCGCAGGACAUGGUAGAACCUGAAAUAGAAUUACUGCCGAAUAUGAAUUACACAAACAAACAAUUGUUUUUUAUAAGUUUUGCACAAUUCUGGUGCAAUGAUGUCAAUAAAUUGCUUAAGGAUGAAGAGCCACUUGUGGAUGUACAUGCACCAGCCAUGUUUCGUGUGAUUGGUUCACUGGCCAAUUUUGCAGAAUUUUCAAAUGAAUUUCAUUGUGGACAAGGUACAACAAUGAAUCCUGAAAAUAGAUGUGAAAUUUAUUAGCAAUGCUAAGGUGAGGGACAUUGAAGUCAGCAUUUAAGAUGUGUAAGGAUAGAAAGUAUUGUCACAUUUAAUCUUUAAAAUUUUUUAUGUAAAAUAUUCAUUAAUAAUUUUUUAUCGAUAUAAACACGUCUGUUAACAAAUAAGUUAUAUGUAAGCUUUAAAUACACCUAGUUUUUAUUUUCAAUUAAUAGUAAGCAUACUUAAAU